AAGAGGGCUCUGCUGAGAGACCUGGAAUGGUUGGAUGGAUGGACAGUUUCGAAUAAGAUGAAGUUUUAUAAGUCCUCCAUUUUGGCCACAAUAACCCCCUGCAAUGUUAUAGGCUGGGGACUGGAGCAAUUUGGGAACAAAUACACUGACCCCCUUGUGCAUGCAAAGGAAAUUGCUUUAUUGUAGAAAACACCUUUCUUAUAUACCUUUCGUUUCUAGUGGGCAUAACCAAAACCUAACAGACGACGAGCACCCAUUGCCUGCUCAGCUGCAGUCUGCUGUCCGUGUGUCUUACUACCCACCCAGCUUCUUGCUCACAUGCUGUCCACGUGUCUCUCCUCACGCCUGCCUCUCACCCCCUGACUGACCUCUUAAUUGCACAGCCUGCUGCUAUGCCCUGCCACAGGGCUUUCUGAUAAACAUAACCAUUGAUAAUUUUAACAAACACAACCCCAUAACCCAUAAGGGAUGAUGUGGCUGGACAGUGCCCAGGCAGAAAGGGACCUGGGGGUACUGGUCGACAUGAACAUGAGCCAGCAGUGUGCCCUGGUGGCCAAGAAGGCCAAGGCAUCCUGGCCUGGAUCAGGAGCAGUGUGGCCAGCAGGAGCAGGGAGGUCAUUCUUCCCCUGUACUCGGCACUGGUGAGGCCACACCUCGAGUGCUGUGUCCAGCUCUGGCCCCUCAGUGUAGGAAGGGCAUUGAGGCACUUGAGCACAUCCAGAACAGGCAACGAGGCUGGUGAGGGGCUUGGAACACAAACCCUGUGAGGAACGACUGAGGGAGCUGGGUUUGUUUAGCCUGGAGAAAAGGAGAUUCAGAGGGGAGCUUAUCACUCUCUACAACUCCCUGAAAGGUGGGGUGGUGGGGAUUGGUCUCUUUCUCUAGGCAGCAAGUGACAGAAUGAGAGGACACAGCCUUAAGCUGCACCAAGGGAAAUACAGGUUGGAUAUUAGGAAAAAAAAGUGAUAAAGUACUGGAAUUGUCUACCUGGGGAGGUGGUGGAGUCACCAUCCCUGGAUGUGUUUACAAAAAGAUUGGAUGUGGCACUUGGUGCCAUGGUUUAGUUGAGGUGUUAGGGCAUGGGUUGGACUCGAUCUUGAAGGUCUCUUCCAACCUAGGGAUUCUGUGAUUCUGUGUUAUUCUGUGAACUGGACAGAAGUGUCUUUGGGUUCAUAGAGUUAUUGUGAAUAGAUACUUCUGGAUACAAAUCCACAAAACUGGUUCUUUGAGAUUAACCUGAUGUCCAUUUGGGUCUUAGACUCAGGUUAUCCCAAUAACAGGGCUGUAAGGCUUGGAAGAGAAAUGUAGUAGUAAAAAGAAUCACGGAAACAUUUCAGAUUUUAAAUAUUCUCUUGCAAAUAAAUUUUUCACGGCAGGAAACUUGCAGGAGUACACUGUCACACUAGCAGUACUCUCAGAAAAUUAAGGCAUACCAACUUUCACCUUGGAAAAGAGACAUACAGUCCAUUUCCAGAUGCACACAGAAAAAGUUAUCUUAUACUUACUAUUAUGUGAAAGAAAACCCUGUAUUUAAGCUACAGCUAACCUUUGAAGACAUGAGGAAAAAAGCAACACAAAUACACAAAAUUCCUUUAAGAAUAAUUUAUCAGAAUACAGAUUACAUAUUAAACACUAGUACAGUAUAUAAACCCUGUAAAAUGUUCUACAGACAUACCUGGAAACAUACUGUAUAUAAGACUUGAAUAAUCAAGAGGAUUAUUUAAAAUAUAUACGUACACUUCAGAAGCUACUGUGCAGGAAGAAUGGUUUCAGGGAUUUCUGCACUCCACAAAAGAUAAUUUUUGAAAUUUCCAACUAAGUGGUAAUGUAAACUAAUUUUUAUUUUUAAAUAAAGUGCUUCUAGUAUUACUACUGGGUUUUGAAAACUAUUAAGUCCAUUUUCUUAUUUUCUUUCCAUUACAUAGAAAGCACUUAAGAAUAAGUCUCCACAUAAAACCCACCAUCCAGCUGAUCUCAGUAAGUCCACUUUAUAAACAAGUUCUUGCCUUAAUUUCAUUUCAUGAAGAUAGCUCCUAUGCAAAGAUACACCCAUCUGGAAGGUAACAGCCAUAACAUACUUCUAUAGUGCUUCAAAUGAUACAACCAAUAUCAACUCCAUCUUUGGUCAGAAGUGGCACUCAGAAAUAUGUGCAAUGGCUAAUUUAAUUUUAAUACUGCCAUGGCAACGCUCUGGUCUGGCUUACUCAGAGCCCCAAAAAGGAGUUUAGCAUGUCAGUACUUCUGUUUGGUGAAACUUGGAGGAGAAAAGGCCUUUCAAUAUUGGCAGAACAUACAAUUUUCUUAUUAGUUAUGUGAGAAGUAAUUUUUUUCCUACUGAAACAGAUUUUAAGUGUUUUAAAAUUCACUCUAACAUUAUGCAAUUGUGCUCCUAUACUAUUACUACAACUAAAAAUAAUCCUGCUCUCUUUUUUUUUGUGUAUUUCCUUGUGUCAGCAUGAACAUUUAUGCAACCUGCAUCACAGAUCAGAUGGCAGCUAUCUGGACUGAAUCUAACCCGAGUUCAUUUUUUAAAAACUACUUAUCUGAUUAAUUAAUUUGUACAGUUCACUGUCCAUGAAUGUUGGUGACUGCCGAGUAAAGUCAAACCAAUGGGAUGCAGCUACAGUUAUCUUUAGCAUUAUCUUAAAUGACUACUCAAAACUAUUUCAGCCACAUACCCAAGGUAGAAUUUAGUCAAACAAUUAACACAAAUAAACUGAUGUUAUUAUAAUUGGUUAAGAGCACUUGAUGACAAGACUUCCUCAUGUAAAAUAGCUUUAAUCCUGCUCAUACUAAACAAAGAAAGCUUAAAAUAUUUGAAGCUCAAAACGAAUCAAAUAAGUAGGGUUGGUUUUUUUUUUUAUUUUUCCUUAAUGCACUCUUUUGAAAACUUAUACUUUUGACCAUUUUGUGUCUUUGGAUUAUCGUUCCUAAAGCCCAGCACAUGUCCAGGACAGGAGGACCUUUUAUAUGAAGAUACAUAAAGGAUAUAUCACAGCUGAAUUCUUAAAACUACAGCAGUAUUACACCUGAAACAAUCAUCACUUGCUGUCAGCAUUUAUAAUUUCACAGGUGCUCUACCUACUUUUAAACAGGACAUAUUUGAUGAGGGAGCCCUUACCUACUCCCGACCAUCCAGUUUUCUGCAUCUUGUUGUUUUCUCUAAGCUUUAUUUUAUUUUUACCUAAAAAUGGCUUCUGACCAGUACAACCCUGUGGCUUUUACCAUUACUUCUUUAACCACCUGAAAGGUUUUACCCACGUGGGGAUCAGCCUCUUCUCCCAGGCAACCAGCGACAGGAUGAGAAGACAUGGUCUUAAGCUGUGCCAGGGAAGAUUUAGAUUGUACAUCAGGAGGAUUUUUUUUCACAGAAAGGGUGAUGAGAUAUUGGAAGGGUCUGCCAAGGGAGGUGGUAGAGUCACCAUCUCUAGACAUGUUUAAGGAAAGCCUGGAUGUGCUCUGCUCUAGUUGACAAGGUUAUAAUUGGUCAUAGGCUGGACUCAAUGCUUGCAGAGGUCUUUUCACGCCUAAUUGAUUCGGUGAUUCUGUGUGGGAUUAUUCAUCAGGCUGCAGAGUAACAACAGCAUCCUAGAGCCAAACAAAAGAAAGCAAGACAAGAGAACAAUGUUAUGACCUCAAUGUCCACCCUAUGCCUGGUUUUGAAGCAGACACGGGGUACCAUAUGUACAGAUGAGAAGCAGCCUCAGGUGAAGGCACACCAGCCCUGCCUUGCUCCAUUCACCCCUCUGUGAGUUUCCUCAGUGGGGGAAACUUGGCCACGAAUGAUCAGAACUGUAACAAUGAGGCUGGCUGGCUGGAGACCUGUGGCUGGUGACCAGCAGCUGUGAGCAGAGUCAGGGGGAAACCAGUCGUGGAGUUAAUGGGGGAACUGGAGGUACUGCACUUAGAGGCUGGAGGUUAGAUGAGAAAACUAUGUAGGGCUGCAAAUACAUGAAUGAAGAAAAAGAGAUAAUGUGGCAGGAAAGAGCAGGAAGACCAGGCUGACAUGAAUAAAUUGGACUGGAGAAAAAAGAGCUGUGGAGGAAAGUGUUUGUACAUAAAAUGUUAUGAUCUCCCUCCUACACUGGGUUUUGGAGUGGCCAUGGUGUAAUACACGCACGCCGUAACAUGUGCACGCACACUUGGUGUCACACACGAGCACAUGGCACCACAUGCACGGCGCAACACACACACCUGCAGUCACACACAUGGCGUUACACGCACGGUGUAACACAGAUGCGUAUGCCGUAACACAAACACACACACAAUGAAAUACACAUACACGGCGUAAUGCGCAGACGGCGUGAGACACACCCACACAGGGUGACAGCCGCACGGUGCAGUGAACACACGCGGUGAGACACCACCACACGCACACGCUGACAGUCCCACAGACCCCGCCGCUCCGCGCAUGCGCGCCCCGCCGUGCCCGCUCCCCGGGCGCACGCGCAGCGCCGUGCCCGCCGCGGGCGCGCGCGGUGCAGUGUGGGAAGGAGGCGGCCCCGGCCCGGCGGAGCGCGGCGCUGAAUCCUCCCGGCCGCUCACAGCACUGUGGAGCCGCUUCCCGCCCUACCUCCCCUCCGGCCGCCGCCGCCGCCUCCUCCUCCUCCACCCCACACACGCACCCGCCCCCCUCCCGCCGGCCCGCGGAUUUAAAGGGGCAGCGGCGCCGGCCGGGGGAACCAUGCCGAACUUCUGCGCUGCGCCCAACUGCACCCGCAAGAGCACCCAGUCCGACCUGGCCUUCUUCCGCUUCCCCCGGGAUCCGGCCAGAUGUCAGAGAUGGGUAGAGAACUGCCGACGGGCAGAUUUAGAAGAUAAAACUCCCGAUCAACUCAACAAGCAUUACAGAUUGUGCGCUAAACAUUUUGAGACUUCUAUGAUAUGCAGAAGUAGCCCCUACAGAACGGUUUUACGGGAUAAUGCUGUGCCAACUAUAUUUGAUCUUACAAGUCACCUGAACAAUCCCCACAGCAGACACAGGAAAAGGAUAAAAGAGCUGAGUGAAGAUGAAAUAAGAACAUUGAAGCAGCAAAAGAUUGAUGAAGCUUUUGAACGGAAACAGACAACUCAAGAAUCAAAUGAAAACAAUGAGCAAAAUACUAUCUCAGAGGAAGGAGGGGAAGAACAAGAGGAAAAAGCUGUCCCCUUAACGCUGGAAGAAAGAGAAAACAAAGAUUACCUUAAAUCAUUAUUUGAAAUUUUGAUUCUAAUGGGUAAACAAAAUAUUCCAUUGGAUGGCCAUAAUGCUGAUGAACUUCCGGAAGGUGUUUUUGCUUCAGAUAACUUUCAGGCUCUACUGGAAUAUAGAAUAAAUGGUGGCGAUGAAGUUCUGAGGAAACGGUUUGAGAUGACUGCAGUCAACCUUGAGUAUUGUUCAAAAACUCAGCAGAAACAAAUGCUUGAGAUCUGUGAAAACUGUGUUAGAGAGGAGACACUGAGGGAAGUAAGAGACUCACACUUCUUUUCUAUUGUCACUGAUGAAGUAGUCGACAUAGCAGGAGAGGAACAUUUGCCAGUGUUGGUGAGGUUCGUUGAUGAUUCUCACAAUCUAAGAGAAGAAUUCAUAGGGUUUUUACCAUAUGAGGCUGAUCCUGAAAUUUUAGCUGUUAAGUUCCAUGCAACUAUUACUGAAAAGUGGGGUCUAAACAUGGAGUACUGUCGGGGUCAAGCCUACAUCGUCUCCAGUGGAUUUGCUUCUAAAAUGAAAGUUGUGGCUACAAGACUCUUGGAAAAGUAUCCACAAGCUGUGUAUACUCUGUGUUCCUCAUGUGCCUUAAAUGUUUGGCUGGCAAAAUCUGUUCCUGUUGUUGGUGUUUCCAUUGCAUUAGGAACAAUGGAAGAAGUUUGCUGUCUUUUUAAUCAGUCUCCACAAUUACUAGUAGAACUGGACAACACAAUUUCUGCUCUUUUUCAGGACAAUGACGAGAAGGGUAAUGAGUUGAAGAAGAUCUGCCGUUCUCAGUGGACAGUCAGGCAUGAUACUUUCGAGGUUUUAGUGGACCUCUUGCAAGCACUGGUACUGUGCUUGGAUGCUGUGAGCAGUGACUUGUCUGUCAGGUGGAAUAACUUCAUUGUUGGUCGAGCAUUUGUACUUUCAAGUGCAUUAACAGAUUUUGAUUUCAUUGUCACUAUUGUAAUUAUGAAAAAUGUCCUGUCUUUUACGAGAGCAUUUGGAAAAAAUCUCCAGGGACAAACAUCAGAUGUGUUCUUUGCAGCUGGCAGCUUAACAGCAGUGUUGCACUCUCUGAAUGAAGUGAUGGAGAAUAUUGAAGUUUACCAUGAAUUUUGGUUUGAGGAAGCCACAAAUUUGGCUACAAAACUGGAUGUACAAAUUAAACUCCCAGGAAGAUUUCGCAGGGCACAACAGGGGAACUUCGACCCUGAUAUGACAUCAGAAAAUUACUACAAAGAAAUACUAAGUGUCCCAACAGUAGAGCAUAUUAUUCAAGAAUUAAAAGAUAUUUUCUCAGAACAACAUUUAAAAGCUCUUAAAUGUUUAUCAUUAGUGCCCUCAGUCAUGGGACAGCUGAAAUUCAAUACGUCUGAGGAGCAUCAUGCUGACAUGUUCAAAAAUGACUUGCCCAAUCCAGACACGCUUUCUGCUGAGCUUCACUGUUGGAGAAUUAAGUGGAAGCACAGAGGAAAAGAUAUUGAACUUCCAGCUACUAUUUAUGAAGCACUUCACUUGCCCGACAUAAAGUUUUUCCCUAAUGUUUAUGCGUUGCUUAAAGUCUUGUGCUUACUUCCAGUGAUGAAGGUGGAGAAUGAAAAAUAUGGAAUAGGACGAAAGCGCUUAAAGGCAUACCUGGAAAACACCUUGACAGGGCAAAGGUCAAGCAACCUUGCUUUGCUGAACAUAAACUUUGACAUUAAACAUGACUUAGAUUUGAUGGUGGACACUUACAUUAAACUCUAUCCAGAUAAAGUGGAAUUUCAAGACUGUAUUCCUUCUAAUAAUUCUGAAGUAACAGACAAUGCCUAACUUCUUAAGCUCUAACCAAGCUGUUGAAACAGCUUGUUCUUAAUUAAGUUUCAAAGCUGGGGAGAAAAACCAGUGAAAUGUUAAAAAAAUCACUGCAGCUGUGUUCCCAUUGUAGGUCUUGGACUGAACAAGCUGUGGUCAAUGACCUAAAUUAUGUGUUGUUAGUCCAUACUAAAUAUGUUUAGCAAACAAAAUCAAGCCUGACACAGGCCCAUGCUCUUGACAGAGGUGCUUUCUACAUCUGAUUGGCUUAACUAGGUGCUCGUUUACUUUACUGCAUCGUGGAAAAAGUACAUGAUGAUUGUAGAUCUGACGGGGCUGUUACAUAUUCUCUGAUUAAUUAGGAUAAGAAAGAAACUCAAACUAUUAAAAAGAGUAUAAUCUAUUUCAGUUCUGUUACUUAGGAUUUUUUAAAAAACCCAAACUUUUAAGAAAGUCUUUGAUGUAUAUUUAAGUGGCAUUUUGGAGAGUGGAUUCAGCUAUUGCACAAUCCCCGUGCUGUGUACAGGUCUCGGUGUAAAGUGAAUGUCAGUGAUAUAGGGGUACUUAUAUGGUUUUGUUGGAAGAGUCAACCUCUUUAAUCUCUUGAUGACUGUUUACAUUCCUUUGUGUCAGACACAAAACUUUUUUUUUUUUAGGCUGAACAGGCAUGGCAGGAGUAUUUAAAUUUCUAAAAGACACUAAAAACUUAAAAUUUAUUCCACAAACCUUUAAAUCUGUUCGCCCAGAUUCUGAUGCAAACCCAUGCAUCUUAUAGUACGUUUAUUUGUAAACUCACUCUGGAAAGAUUAAAAUAAGAGUUUGUUGUUUGUCUAGAAGUAAGAUUGAAAAUAUUGCUGUUAUUUUUGGCGAGAAUGAAACAUUUUUGUACAGUUUAUGGAAAUUUAAAAUAAAAUGUGAAUUGCUUUUUACAUAGCAUGGGAUUUCUUAGUAAAGCUGUGCCUUUGGGAAUGUGUUCUGUAAAGGUGCCUUUUAUUUUAGUAAUUUUUUCUUCAUUGGUUUUGCAAUUCUAAUGAGCAGCAUUUUCUGAAGACAGAGGAAACUGCAAUAGUACUCCUGAUCUGCAUGUUCUGCAAGGUUGUAAAGUAUUUUGAGAUAGCAUUAACUACAGUGCUCUUACGGAUGGAAGUUGAUGAAGAUGACAAUCAGGCAGAAAGAGAUUAAAUUUGAAAUGGUUCAACAGUAAAGUUUUGCAGCUAUCCUGAUGCGUGAAAAUUUUAUAACUUAUUUGUUGAAGCAAACAUCAAAAUUCGAAUGGUUUGGGUUGGAAGGAACCUUAAAGCUCACACAGUUCCACCCCCUGCCAUGGACAGGGACACAUUCCACUACACCAGGUUGCUCUAAGUCUCAUCCAGCCUGAGAACUUCCAGGAAUGGGGCAGCCAUAGCUUCUUUGGGCAACCUAUGCCGGGGCCUCACCACCCUCACAGCCAAGGAUUUCCUCUGCAUAUCUAAUGUAAACUUCCCUUCUUUUAGCUAAAAGCCAUUCCCCCUUGUCCUGUCACUACAGUUCCUGAUGCAGUUUCCCAUCUUGUGUUCUGUGAGUUCCCCUGCUAAACACAGCAGUGUGGUGGUCAUGACCUCAGGGGUCAUGAGCCCUGUGUCAGUGAAGUCAGGUUGGAUGAGCCUGGACUUACAGGUGCAAUCAGAGAAGGAAAAUUGAUAUCCAGUACCAUAGAAUUGGCCAAAAGAGCUGAAGAGUGCUUUCUGACUGUGUAAAUGAGGCCUUUCUCACCAAUGUACUGUGACAAAUUGAAGAAGGGAAGUGCAGUAAAACUCCCCUUAAGUUACUAAGUCUAUUGCAGCUGGGCUGAAGACACGCUUGUGAUACGCGUUGCUAAUUAGCUGGCUCAACCUUUUGGUUUUGCAUUGCCUUUCACGGAGAUAUUUAGCUUGUCUGUAAUAAAUUGGGAACUCCUGAUUUAUUACAAUUUGAUUUGUCCUGUUUGUGAGGAAUAUCUUCAUUUUUUGACACCUGUAGGAGUUAGUCUGAACUGUGAUGAUUUGGUAGGAUGCUGAAAACUACAAGAAGGGAGAUUAAGAUUAGAUGUUGGGGAAAAUUCUUGCCUGUGUGGGUGGUAAAACACUGGCAAAGGUUGCCCAGAGAAGCUGUGGCUGCCCCAUUCCUGGAGGUGUCCAAGGCUAGCUUGGACAGGGCUUGGAGCAAUCUGGUCUAGUGGAAGGUGUCCCUGCCUAUGGAAGGGGGUGUGGCUUGAGAUGGUCUGUAAGGUCCCUUCCUACCCUAAUCAUUCUGGGAUUCUAUGACUGGUCUAUGAUGUGGUGGAGCAAAGGCAUAGCAGGCUGCAAUGAUAGAUGCCUCUUCAACAGGAGAGGUUUCUGUGGAGGAAGACAGUUUGCUGAAACUGCAGUGUUUCCUAUCUGAUUUCUAGGGAUGCACAGAAAGAAUGCAACUGUAGUGUAACUCAGUUAUACAAUAUUGCUAGAGUAGGUCUGAGACUGAUAUAAAUGUGUCUGAAAAUGAAACAAUCACUGAAGAUAAACUUUGAUUCUGUUUUUUUGAACAGGUUCUGGAGACAGGGAAUUACGGUUUUUAAAUAUUCUGUCAAUUCAUGACAGUGUGUAUUCCAAGAUGUAUGUGAGGUAUUUACCUUGGUUUGACCUGGCAUUUUGGCACAUUCUAUGUAGUGAAGUAAUUGGUCUGUUAAAAUUAUUGUAAGUAUUGCUGCUCAGAUAUAAUUUUUAGUGAAAAUGGAUUUCCAUUACUGCAAUGCUUCUUUUAAUACACAAAAUGUAUUUCCUUUUCCCAUGCAGAGAAUUCCUGCUAGAAACUAGUACUGAUACUUGGAAAAGGAGCAUGUAUAAUUUUGUCUCCUGUAGUGUUAUUUCUGUCAUUGUCUUCAGAAAUCCCGUAUCCACUUGUUCAGCCAAGGCUGUGCUGUAAAGAAAUGGAGGAGCAGAACCACUUAAGGAUUCUAGGUGCAGCUAUUCUGUCUUCCACACUCACUUUCUGUGCAACAGUGCAAAAUCUCAAGAGUGUCCAGAAACAUCACAAUUACUCUUAAGCAGAGGAAAGUAAAUCUCUUUAUUGUAUCUGUUUCGAGUAACAGCCACUAGCCUAGAAUAAUAAUAGGUGUUAUGCCAAAGAAGCUUACCAUUCUGUCAUUUCCAGACCUGUAGUGCUCCCUACUUUCCCUAAGGAAAACAGUUCCAACAAGGAAUAGGAAUCUCACCAACAUUUUGCCUAAAUGGAAUUAGUGAGACAUCAGAAAAAAAAAAAAAAGGCAUUGGAAGUUUUAAACACAUUUACAGCAGUUUCAAAACAUGUGCAUGUUCUUUCUAAGCAUUCUUUACUUUGAAAAAUAACACUGUUAAUCAAAUACAAUUCAAUGUGCGUGUUCCAUAAUAGAGUAAUCGUUCAUUUUAUUAUUGCCAUAUUGUGCAGUGUUUCUAUUAUUUUCUAUUAUUUCUAUUAUUCUAUUUAUUUUCCUGUGGCAAACUUGCUUUUUUCUUAAAACCAUGCCUGUAGGUCUUCUGUUUUAGCUGGCAAGAGUUAUCCCUGGAAGUGUCUUUGUGGUCAGUGUGAGUACUAGGGAGAUUGAGAAGCAGCAGUGACAGAGCAGAUGUCCCUGUAAUCCCCUAUUCCUCUGUUUUGUAGUGUCCCAAAGUUAAAUAUAUCAGUGAGUAAACUGGCAAUAUGACUGCUCAUGUGAACUUAGAGUAAAGGAUACUCCUGUGUUGCAUAAGGCUCCCAAAGUGCACCCCUGCCCCGCCCCCCACAUGUUAGCUGACAUAAAUACCCUAGGAAGAAAUUUAUUUUCUAGUUGAAGAACUGGAGAUGCAGAGUAGAUGAUAGCUGCUACCAUCCUCCAAGGCCACACGAGCAGUCUACAGACCUUCCUCAAACCCUCCUGCCCACAGGCUCCAAAGAGCAACAGUAUAAUAAAAAGAUGUUUUUUAAAAAAUAGUUAUUUUAUGUAGACACCUACUUGGGUGCCUUCUUGCUACAAUACCAUGCUUUGAGCCUGGCACGUGGAGUCCCAAGUGGAGUCCAGGGUUCCCUUAGAGCACCCAAGGGAGAGGCCUGUGGCAGUUCCACCUUUAUUAAAAGGUACUGAGAAACACUGAUUUACAUUUAAAAAUUGAGAUCCCUGUGAAAGUCAGCGCUGGAGGCAGCUCAGCACAUCUGCCGAUAGUUUCAGAUGUCUCACAGCAUCCUUCACUGCCAGGGGACUGCUGAGUGCCUCAUCAUCUGUAGCAGUCUACAGUUGGAGCUGGGACCCCUAACACACCACUAUUAGAGAGAAAAUUCAGUUUGUCACCUCUUCAGGCAGCAAACAUCUGAGGAUCUUGGCAAAGGAGUGUCUUUCCUUGCUCCUGGAAGAACCUCUAGGAGAUCAGCAAGAGAAUACCUGUUGCACAGCCCCCAAACCUCAGGAUGGUUUCUUAGCAAGUAGAUUCUGGCAGCCAGCAUCUCUUGUCACCAGGACACGGAGAUUGAGGAGAAGAACUCACCAGAACCUUGGGGUUUUUUUGUUCUGUCUUACUCCUGGAACACCACUUCAGUCUUCAUAGCUGUUUCCUAGUGAAGCAUUUCCUGGAACUUCCUAGUGUACACAGACACUACUGUACAGUAAGCACUUGCUAUCUUGGUGAAGGAAAGAUACUUGGGAGAUGGAUUUGGGUCAUUAGGGAAGUGGGAGAGGGAUGGGGAGAUACGUGAGAGACAUCAAGGGCACCAUUUCAUUGGUAGUGUGAUGCUGGAAGCUGUGUAAAUUCUGCACCAGAACUAAACCCAAAUGGAAUCCUGGUCUUUUCUGUCUACACCUGCAGUGGUGUCAGUCCUGAUUCUUUGCGCCCUUCAGGCAGGACAAUACUGUAGAACCAGGAUGCAGUUUCCCAUUUGAGAGUGCAACAUUCCUCCUGGGAAAUUUUAAGGGAAAAAAAGUACUGAUAAUGCAGACACAGCCAUUUCCUCUCCUGUUUGCUUCUCCAAGGUAUGUGUAAGUUCCUGAGAACCUUGCUGAUGUGGUCCUUCAAGUCUUAACUGAUCUGUUCUUCCAGAACUCACUGAUAUGCAAAGAGCUGCAAGGAGGACAGGUCUUUUUCCAGAUCUAGGUGUUAUUUUUCUGCAUCUGCAUGCGCCAUAGUUUUGUGCCCACCUUGCUGCUCAGUAAGGUCAUGUUUUGAAGGUUAGUGUUCUUAGUUGCCUGUGUUUUACAUUCUCCAUUUGGAGACGUAUUGAAAGGCUGUGGGUUUUAGAAAUUGUUUAGCACUACCCCUCUCUGUGGAAAGUUGUUGGAAAGCGGUGUCAAGCUGGGCAUGCACAGUCAAAGGCAGGAAAAAGCACAGACUUUGAAAAUCUCCAUUCAGGAACAAAAUUCAGCAUCUGAAUAGUGUGGCUGUCCUUGUUUAGUUACCUUGGAAUUUCAUUCCAUUAACCCGGGUGGCUUUCUGUAGAUAAUAAGAAAAUUAAAACUUUCUAAACAAUUUCAAAAUUUUCUUUUUUGUUAUAUUCACUUAUUUUAAUGGUGGAUUGAAGAAUAGAAAAAUCAGACUGUACUACAUUUCAGCUGUAUUAUUACAUGUGCUGGGUUUUUUUCCUACUUUACUCUUUUCAUUUCCCCUUCCCAAAGUCAGUCCUACUUUGUUUGUCUACAAAGUAACCUUUUUCUCAAUUGCAGUUCACAUGUUGAUCAGUCAUUGCUUCUGAUCUUUACAAGAUUUUUUUCUGUUCUGACGGGGAUAUAUUUGCAAGAUAUGUUGGGUUAGGCUUACUGUUUAAAUAAACAAACCCAUAAUUUUUCUUACCUAGCAUUCUGUUUUUCCCUCAUCCUAAAAUGAUGCUUUUAUGGAACCCAAAUGUAGAUAAGUGGCAAGUUCCUCUUCACUUUUCUUCAAACACCAAUAUUCUUCAAAUAUUAAGUAAAGAUUUGUGCUUUUAUCCUGCAACCUUGCCUGUGCAGGGAGGUACACUUUGGGGAAAAGGUGACCUUAUACACUUCAAAUGGAUGAAAAAAUGUUCUAUGCUUUACACUGGUAGGUCUCUUUAUCUUCUCUGCUCCGACUCUCAGCUUUUAAAGUGUUGAUUUGUAUCAUUAUGUGCCACUCCUUACUAAUCUGUAUGAAUGGUAAAUCUUGCUGAGCAUGACCUGUUUUGGUGCCAUACAGGUCUCUGUAGGCACUUUACCCUGUGCUCAGCUCAUGGACCAAAGAGCCUGGAAACCAGGAACCUGCAGUUGAAUCGUUGAAUUCCAGACUAGUUUGGGUUGGAAGGGACCUUAAAGAUAGUCCCAUUCCAUGCCCUGCCAUUUAGGGACACCUUACACUAGACCAGGCUGCUCCAAGCCCUGUCCACCCUGGCCUUGAACACUUCCAGGGAUGGAACAGCCACGGCUUUUCUGGGAAACCUGUGCAAGGGCCUCAACACCCUCACAGCCAAGAGUUUCUUCCCCAUAUCCCAUCUAACCCUGCCCUCUGGUAGUGGGAAGCCAUUGUCCCUUGUCCUGUCCCUCCAGACCCCUGUCCAAAGUCCCACUCCAGUUCUCUUGCAGCCCCUUUAGGCACUGACAGAGACUCUAAGGUCUCCCUGGAGCCUUCUCCAGGCUGAACAGCCCCAUCUUUCCCAGCCUGUGUCCAGAGCAGAGGGGCUCCAAAUCUGGUAUAACUUCCCAGAACAACUUUUGAAGUUUUAAUUGCAGCAUGUGAGAAGCCUGUUCCGAAGCACACCUAUCUCAGUAAAUUUUGCCCAUACAAAAUAAUUUUGCAUUUACCUCAGCCUGUGUGUAAACCAAAGUUUAUAUGCCUACUUUGCGUACUGAGUGAGAUAUUGUCACUGCCAUAUUUUUCCUUGUAUUUGGGGGGGGGUUGUUGUUUGCAAUUUUUUUAAUACAGAAAGAAAAUGUAGGGAUGUCAGGUCUAAUGUGACUGCUCUGUAAUGAAAUGUACAUUUUAAUUUCACAUGGAAAGUUUAAAAAUUUCCCAAGUUGUUCAUGUACCAAAAAUGUUUUCCCCUCUCCCUGCUGCUGUAAUACUUGUUGCUUAUCUAUAAGAGUAAGCAAAUAAACCCAACCCUAAACAAAAUAUUUACUCACUGCUCCAUUCUGCCUUCACUAUAAAUCAGAUGAGCAAUGUAAUAAGAUCAAAAAGCCAAACAAAACAAAAGAAGGAUUUCCUUUGUCUUUAUUAUGACUAUGAAUUGAGCCAGUAUGGUACUGACAUGUAGACAGUACUCAUCCAAGUUUUUCAACUGAAAUUUUCUCUAAAUCGGGAAAAUAAUGUGUGAAUUGCAUUGUCUUCCUGAAUGGUUCAUUCAGGUGGAAUGUAAUUGUUUUUAAGAUGAAGGGUUUUAGUUUGAUAAUAUGUAACAACAAAAGUUUGACUUAAUCUGUCUUCAAUUUAAUGCUGAGAUGGUUAAAAACAUAUAUGUUUUUUUUCCACAACAGAUUAUGACUUUUUGUUUUAAAAAUAUCUCUUUUUUUAUUUUUCAGGAUUAUUGUUGAAUAAAAAGUACCAACUAUUUUAUCGUUCUCAUUCCAAAUUUUUUCUCAGCCCAGCAGAAGUAGUAAAGUCAAUGAUAUAUCCAAAUAGCCCUAAAAACCCUCCAAAACUGCAUACUCAUAGCUCUUUAUAUCU